CGCGGCCCCAAUGGCCACGGCCCGGAAUUCACGGAUUUCGCCGCCCGCACCCCGUAUGUCCGGCGCACUGUCCGGCGCACAUAUACGGGCCUGAACUCCACGGCUUAUCACGGCCCGGGUUGUAUUCGCCCGUGGCUGUAUGCUCUAUACGCUGUUGAAUGAUUUGGAUAUUUCGCUGAAUCCAAGUGUGACUGUCGGAUUUGUCAGUCGGCGGAACACGGUGCAAUUCUCACUCGCUCAGAUUCUCUAGGUACUUGGCCGAAGUGCCUGACGUAUAUAAUUUGCGAUCGCCGCUGAUAUUAACAAUUCCUCAGACUCGUCGAAACAGGCAGCAACCCAACCAACCAUGGCGAGCGCUGUAGCAACCAACGUGACCUCAACCACGCACCGGACCUCGUACCCCGCCAUCGACGCAGCUCGCCCCGAGCUCAGCCAGGCUGGCAAAACUGUUCUCAUUACCGGCUCUACCGCUGGCAUUGGUCUAGCCAUCGCCAAGGGCUUCACCGCAGCCUCGGCCUCGACUGUCAUCAUCACCGGCCGGAACCAGGACAAACUCGACAAUGCGCGGGCCUUGCUCGAGGAACAGGCAGCCAAAGUAAACACAGGCACGCAGAUCGUCGCCGAGAAAGCCGAUAUGUCAAAUCCAGCAGUCAUCGAUGCCUUGUGGACCAGCCUUGCCGAGAAGGGCAUUGUGGUCGAUGUGCUAGUCACCAACAUUGCCAAGUUCGCUGUCGUCAAGCCGCUCCUCGAGCUCGGCACCGAGUACAUCUGGGACACGUUCGGGGUCAACGUCAGGAACUUGCUGCUGCUGACUGAGCGGUUCCACGGCCAGGCGAAUGCUGCGGACAGGCCCAAGGUCCUACUCAAUGUCUCGACAAGCAGCAUCCACAUCAGCAACAACGCCUACCAGCCCCUCGCUGCCGCCCGCCCAGAGUACGCGCUGACCAAGGGCACCGCCGUGCUGGCCCUGAAGUACAUCGCCCAGGACGUGGAGCCGGAGAAGCUGCAGAUCAUCAGCUUCAACCCCGGCAUGAUCUUCACCGAGCCGUGGCGCAAGGCGGGCGCCACUGAGGAUUUCCUGCCCUUUGACGACGCAUCGCUGCCGGGAAACUUUGCCGUGUGGGCGGCGUCCAGGGAGGCCCGCUUCCUCCACGGCCGCUAUGUGUGGGCGUCUUGGGACGUGGACGAGCUCGCCCAGGGCGAGCUGAAGAAGCGUCUUGACUCGGACGUCGACUUUCUCAGGGUUUCGGUUGGCGGAAUAAGAGGAAGCAACCUUGCUUGAGUAAGUAGGCAGGUUGAGAUGAGGUGUGGGGCAGUUGGAGGAUGGUAGAGGGUCAGAGAUCACAAGUGAAAUGGAGGUUCCCCCCCUGCUAUUCUUGCGCUCCGAAUAAGCAACGAGACUUGUUCAUGCACGCCCAUGCGUGGGUAUCACACUGCGGUAUGCUAUGCUGCUGCACGUGUUAUAUACAAGCCAUCGGCACAUUGCUACUCGUAUGCUACUUUAAGACAAGGCAGCUAAGCUACACGAGUUUACGGAAUGCCGAGACCAAUAACUAUAGCCUCAGUCUCUGUCGCUGUCGUCGUCGCUCUCCUGCUGGCGAAUUUCCAC